AUGGCUACGUCUAGCGUCACUCCCGGUGCUCUUGCCUUUGUGGGACCGCCCCACCUACCAUCCCUGGAAGGCUUUUCCUACCUCUCUAUUGUUCGGGUCCAAGGCAAUUCAGCUAUCGUGAGGAAGACCGGGUCGGACACGAGUGACGACGGACCAGAAUUCGACGUCAAACUGGCCGUGCUGCGCCAUCGCAUCGUCGAAUCCGUGGAGGCAGAAUUGUGGCCAGGAUCCUACGUAGGCCACCCCAUCGCGUUUGUCCAGUCGGCCGGAGAUAGCAGCGACCAAUGGGCCUACGGACUCGUUACAGGAUAUUCGAUGCAAGACCAUAUUGCGCAGCUCCACGUCCGCCAUGAGGCACAAACAGUAUGCGUGCAGCUUCGUAGUACGUCGACGGUAAUUGCAAUCGACCGCCUCAAUUACGCUCUUCAAACGGGGGCUUCGGUGAAUAGUAUGGUCCUUAAUGCAUUGGAGCUACUGGACAAGCAGAACCAAGUAAUCGUGGCAUGUGGCAAGAGCAGGUCCGGUUUACCGUCAUGUGUGACAUCGACCCUGCUUAGUGUUCCGUACGAACCUGAUCAACGUGUUCCCCUAAUACGACCGGACACACUCGCAAUCGCGUACGUCCGCCGACAACACAUCGUGGACUGCGAGUUGACUGCCCGAGGCAAAACCUCAGCUGAUGUGUUUAAGGACCCUGUACUGGAGGAGAAGGAGGCUGCUCCAGACACCAGAACUAACACCGUUAUGCCCAACGUUUCGACUAACGACGUUGAUUUAACAUUCAGUGAUUCAGAUGACGAAGGAAACGCCAGUGCUAACACAACGAGGCAAGCGGCCAUCGACUUGGUUCGGCUUCAGAACCGGCCUCUAGACAAACGAGCGCGAUACGCCGAUACGGAUAUUCAGGAACUGUUCAUGACAAGCGAUGCCGACGUCCCGACAUUGGAGACGCGUGCGGAUAUUCACUCCUCGAUGUUUCGCCCUUCGCAAGUCGAGAGUCAAGUUCGCAACGCCAUCGCGCACACUGGAACGUUAGGUAAAAACGCUCAAGCUGUUCUUGAAGCUGCUCAACAAGCCCGGCACACCAGAUUUCUCUCAACACCACCAGUUCUCCGUGCGGCAUAUGACCUCAGUUUUGGUAUCAGAGGCUUAUCCCUGAUGCACUUCCGACGUAUCUUCGAAGGGGUCGAGGCGCAGUAUACCACAGACGCUGUUAAUAUGGCCAACUUCGGGCGCUCCAACUCCCACCAACCUGCGAACCCGCCAGCCAACAUCGGAGAGAUUGUCGAUGCCUUUGACAAUCUGCUGUACUUCGCAAAAUGUUUUUACAAUACAACCGUCUGCGACUUCAUCAAGACGGGAUCCGAGUUUAUUGUGGAAUAUGCAGCCUUCGCGCGACCCGAUGCCUCCACCUGCACUAUGCUGGUGUACUGGAUAAACUCGAAGCUAGGGAAGUUUCGAAGUCUGAUUAUAGCAUCCAAUAUCCAAGCAGCAGCUCUCGUGGGUCGAGAGUUCACGCGGAGUGAUGGCCAUCUCAUGGAGCUGUACCAGGCCCAACAAGAUCGCCGUGUGGCAGCUAUAGUCGCAUCCGGACCAACACGUCCAGCCCCAAGCACUAAGCAGCACCAUCCUCGCGAACACAAGACUGCUAAAGCCUCGAUGGUACCUAAGGAACUUCUCGCUGUGCUUCCCAAACAAGGCAACAAAGUGAUGUGCAUGCGAUAUCUGUCGAAGAAAGGCUGCACUGGACCAGUACCAGGGAAGUGCUUUGACCCCAACCGCGCGCACUUUAAGCCGUUAGCCUUACCGGCCGACGCAAAGUCCUGGAUCGAUAAACACUUUCUCGGUCUAGCCUCUGACUUCAGUGAUCUAUGA